CAGAGGCUCGAGCGCGACGCGCCAUUGACCGCCAUCGACGCCGUCUUGACGUGCAGAAACGCAUUCAUCGGCGUUCCGACGAAACAAGUGACCAUCGACACCACAAACGGCCUGGGUUGUGCUGCUGUUUACACAUCCCAGCCUGUGCAUUGCUAGAGCUCCCAAUCAGCUAGCCGCUUGCAGCCAUUAGCAGCAGCCUGAGCCUGCGCUGCGUGGGUCACGCCGUCACGUUCCAUCGCCACCGUGAAAUUAAUUGCCUGCGGGCUUCACAUCGCCGGCCACCAUCGCAACUUGAGGGCCAAUUCCAGUCCCUUGGACCCCCGAUGCAAGGGUCGGUACGAUGCGCAAUCUUCAGCUGGCCGAUUUCGACUACUCGGCAACUAAGCUAAAGGCCAUCGAAGAUGCGCGCAAGGCCCAGCUGUCCAUUGUGAGGCAGUGCGCCGAGGCCGGCAAGGAGCCGCCGCCAUAUCUGCUAGCCGAGCUCAUCGGCAAGGGCAGCUUUGGCCGUGUGUACAAGGCAACCGGCACCCGCACCAGGCCGGGCCAGCUUGUGGCCGUCAAGAUCAUCAGCAUCGAAGAGGGCGACACUCUCAGUCCCGGCGCCGCAGACACCUUCAACGAUAUCCUCAAAGAGGUCAACACGUUGAAGAUGCUGACCACCAGCGGCGCACGCAAUAUCAAUGCCGUCGUCGACACCCUCCUCGUCGACCAGUCUGUCUGGAUCGUCACCGAGUACUGCGGCGGUGGCAGCGUUUCCUCGCUGAUGAGGCCAACCGGCGGUCUCCCCGAGAAGUGGAUCAUCCCGAUUCUCAGAGAAGUUGCCGAAGCCAUUUUCUGGGUUCACCGACAGGGUAUUAUCCACCGCGAUAUCAAGUGCGCAAACGUUCUGGUGACUGAGACCGGAGGUGUCCAGCUCUGCGACUUUGGAGUCGCCGGCAUCAUGGAAACCAAGUUCGACAAGAGAAGCACCGUGACGGGAACACUGCAGUGGAUGGCCCCUGAGCUCUUCGAUUCGAACGUCUCGUACGGCAUGGAGGUUGAUAUUUGGGCAUUUGGCUCCAUGGCUUACGAGGUCGCCUCGGGAUUGCCACCUAACGCAACUACCUCCAUCGACAUUCCCCAGUUCGGUUCUUACUUGAAACAGUACUGCCCACGCUUGGAGGGCGACCAGUAUUCUGCUCAGCUGAAAAGCCUCGUCGCCUUCUGCUUGGUUGAGGAUCCAAGGCAACGUCCUCGGAUCGAGCAAGUUCAGAAACAUCCGUACGUAUUUGACACGUACGACGGAUACCCGACUGCCUCGCUUUCAAAGCUCGUCAGCGCUUACAAGCUUUGGGAGUCGCAAGGUGGGAGCAGGCGAUCGCUCUUCUCGGCUGGUGGCGCCCAGGGGGCACCGGAAGACUUAGCUCAAAACCUGGAAGACGACGAGUGGGAUUUCACCGAGGACGAUGAGGCCGACCAGUUCCGAAUUGAAAACACGCCAGAGGCACAAGCCGUGCUUGACGCCUACGCCAUGAGCUCUAGUGUUCCUGAACAAGACGCCCCGCAGAAGCCAAAUCGUCGCCGCCGCCAACCUCGGGUUAUCAAAGAGUUCAAAGCGCCGCUCGAGAGGGUAUUUGAUCCCAACACCAUCACUAAUUACGGCGAUAGCGCCCGUGUUUUUUACGGCAAGCUGGCCUCGCCGCCGCCAAACGACCUGCCCCUCCGGGACGGAUCCGAUCACUCAACUCUCCGAGAAUCCAUGAUUGACCUGGACGCUUCCCACGGUAACCUCGAGACGCUUAAGCCUGGACUCGGAGCGCAACCUUUCUCUGGCGCUCCAACGGAUGAUACUGAUCGACGCAAGACCCAAGACUGGACAUUUCCCUCUAUGCCAGCCCCGGCUCCUGCCAGCCUCGGCCUGGGACACUAUCAAUCCAGGAGCGCCUCUGCUCUUGGCGGCCACCUCGAGAUCCCCCCCGCCCAAACAUUUCACUCAAGCGAUGACGCCUCAUUCGGCAGCGGUUUCCACCCAGAUAUUUCGAUUACACCCUCACAGUCAAACAAUCGGGAGUCGAGCCUCAGCCUAAUUGACCUUAACGCAAGUCUAGUCAGCAUGGCCGACGACAUACGUCCCGCCACCGCCACCGCCGACCCGUAUCCGUUCUCGCAUAGCUCUCAUCUGAUGGCUCAGCCAAAUCGAGCUUCCAACCUGAGCUUGAUUGAUCUUGACGCUAGCUUGGUGAGCAUGCCGGUAGAUAUUGUCAGACCUUCCACCGCUCAGGGGUUCAGCUUUCCCGGUGAAUCGGGGUUGACUGCACCAUCGAAUCGGGCUUCGAAUAUGAGCCUUAUUGACCUUGACGCCAGCUUUGUGCCCGACCUCGACUGGCAGUCUUCUGCCGCCGGGCCACGCAUACUGUCAACCAGUAGUAGCACCGCUUCAACCUUGGUGCCUUCCUAUGCCAAUCGAGCCUCCAAUAUGAGCUUGAUCGACCUCGACGCAAGCCUGGUUGAUGGGUUCUCGUCAGAUGUAACUCGGCCCUCUACAGCUGGAUCGCAGGCCACCUCUCCAAGCUCGAUGACUGGGUCGAUGUCGUUUGAUCUCGAAUUUGAGGCGCGUUCCCUUCCGCCGACCUCGUACCCGAGAUCAUAUAGGGAGCCGUCCAUGUACAUUACUGACGAGACGGACCUUACGCUGUCGCUGGAGACGCUCGAAGUGCUGCGAAGCGCCACGCCAUCGCCAAGCCCGCCGCGUGACGAUGGGAGGAUGCCGAGCGCCUUACCGCAGCCACGGCGGGACAGGGCCUGGUCGAAGAACUCUUCGCAUUUCUCUGACGACUUCCCGAGCUCAUCGGUGCCGCCUCUCCCGCCUCUCCCGAUGCCGCCUUCGGCAAAUGUGCUGCAGGGAAUCAGUUCCCGAGACCAGCUCAAGAACGAGCUGCAGAGCAUGAUUGCGAAUCUAAACGAACACCUUCAGUACACGGCCGACUAUCUGAGGACCAUGCCUACGGUCCCAGCCUGGAAGCAGCAUCCGGUUCGGGAUGUAUUUACACAUUAAUAAUUUGCCUUGUUAAAUAGCGCGAGAAGCAUCGUAGUCACUUAUAUAAUAAUUAAUAUUCUUGUUGGACUUGUGCUUCGUGCUUCCGCCGGGUAUUGGCUUUUUUUUUCGUGAC